CUCGGGAUGGCACUGCAGGAUUCAAAGAUGAAUGGAACCCUCCCUGCAGUUGCUGUAGGGCAGGAACGCGAGGACUUCCUGCUCAGACAUAGUCCUUUUCCUGGGAGGAAGCUGGCCCAGUUCAUGGAUCAAUUCAAGGGGAAGGCACCUUUUGGAAUGUCAGUGUUCAACCUCAGCACCGCCAUCAUGGGCAGCGGCAUCCUGGGGCUGGCCUAUGCCAUGGCCCACACAGGGGUCCUCCUCUUCUUGGUCCUGCUGCUGUGCAUUGCUCUUUCGUCAUACUCCAUUCAUCUCUUGCUGACCGGCGCUGGUGGUGUAGGCAUCCGAGCCUAUGAGCAGCUGGGACAGAGGGCGCUGGAGCCUGUGGGGAAGGUAGUGGUGGCCGUGGUCAUCUGUCUGCACAAUGUUGGGGCCAUGUCCAGUUACCUGUUCAUCAUCAAAUCCGAGCUCCCCCUGGUUAUUGGCACCUUACUGGACGUGGAUCUCGAGGGUGAGGCCUGGUUCUUGAAGGGAAACCUCCUCAUCAUGACUGUAAGUGUGUUAAUCAUCCUGCCACUGGCCCUCAUGAGACGCUUGGGCUACCUAGGGUAUACCGGUGGUCUCUCUCUGACCUGUGUGCUGUUUUUCCUCAUUUCGGUCAUCUACAAGAAGUUCGAGCUCGGCUGUGUUGUAGACCACAUUGAGACAGAGGUCGAGCCCGCGAGCACUCUGGCCCCUCCCAUUCAGGGGCUCAACAGAAGCUGUGAGGCCCAGAUGUUCACAGUUGAUGCACAGAUGUUCUACACAGUGCCCAUUAUGGCUUUUGCCUUCGUCUGCCACCCCGAGGUGCUGCCUAUCUACACUGAGCUCUGCCGGGUCUCCAAGCGCAGAAUGCAGGCCGUGGCCAGUGUGUCCAUUGGUGCCAUGUUCUGCAUGUAUGCGCUCACAGCCUCCUUUGGAUACCUCACCUUCUACAGCGGCGUGGAGGCGGAGAUGCUGCACACGUACAGCAAGCGGGACCUGCUCAUUCUAUGUGUGCGCCUGGCAGUGCUGCUCGCGGUGACUCUCACUGUGCCAGUCGUACUGUUCCCUAUCCGCCAGGCCCUGCAGCAGCUGCUCUUCCCAAGCAAGGCCUUCAGCUGGCCCCGGCACGUGGCUAUAGCCCUGAUCCUACUAGUGUCGGUCAAUGUCCUUGUUAUCCGCGUGCCGACCAUCCAGGAUAUCUUUGGCAUUAUUGGGCCCACCUCAGCACCCAGCCUCAUCUUCAUCCUUCCCAGCCUCUUCUACCUCCGCAUUGUCCCCUCUGAGGUGGAGCCCCUCUGAGGCUCUAUCUUCUCACCCUCUCGUCCACAGGCUCUGUGUUUUGGUGUCCUGGGGGUCCUCUUCAUGGCAGUCAGUCCCUUCAUGUUUGUUAACUGGGCCACAGGCCAGAGCCAUGUGUUUGGACAUUGA